GCGGAUUUGACUUCAGUUGCCGUCCAACUGCCGCGUAUUCGGAACGCUCCUCGCGCAUCCGAGCCGGUUCCACAAGCAUAUCCGAAGCCAUUUUCGAACGGUGUGCGCGAAUCGCUCAUUAAACCCAAAUGGGUGUACAAUAAAAAGUUUUAGUCCCGGCCAUUGAAAAGUGUGUGUGCUCUACUUGUUCCUUUAUUAUCAUUUUCUCCAAGCCAUUGUCAUCGCUUUUUGCGUGCAACGUGUGGCGUGCUGUGCCGUAGUGUGGUGUGAGUGGCCGGUUGCGAAUGCGAGUGCGUCGCUUAAAUGCCAAUUAAAGUGGCAGGCGUUUAAUCAAGUCAAGUCCCAGUCUACGACUCCGACUCCGACGAAGUAACCCACUCCAACAACGCCGACGGUGUGACAAAAGAGUCUACAGGAGUCCUUGGCAUAGCUCCACUCUUCAGUUUCCUCGCCAUCCUCACCAUCCCCACCAUCCCCACCAUCCUCGGCAUCCUCGGCAGGCAGCGCACAUUCACGAAAUUCCCAGUGAAAACAUAGCCAUAAAUUAACAACUAAUUCAAUUAACUGCUGACAACGUCAACGAGCGCCGCUUGGCUGCAGCUUGGGACCAGAUCCUUUGCCAGGAGGCGGGCCAGAAGGGGGCGAGGAAAAGUCACUGCAUCGCCGCAGGAUAUGCGGCGGGCUGCCUAGGAGGAAUUCCUUGUGCCAGCCUCCUUCUUCACGCGGACGCAGUGCAGCAGUUCCACGACGACCAUGAGCGACCAGCUUGGCAACCCCAAUGCAACAUUCAGCGGCAGUGGAAGUGGCAGCGUUAGUGGCAGUGCAAUUGGUGGCAGCAACGCCGCCGCCAUAGCCGAAAGUGUGGCAGAGAGCGGUCCGGACUUCGAUGCACUUCGGGCCGCCUGCGAAACGCGGCUAAAUGCCAGCGGUCAACUGGCGGGCUCCGAAGGACCAGACGCAGGAGCAGAAGCAGGGACCCACUGCGCCGGCACCUUUGAUGGCUGGCUUUGUUGGCCGGAUACGGCCGUCGGCACAUCCGCCUACGAACUGUGCCCGGAGUUCAUCACGGGAUUCGAUCCAGCAAGAUAUGCCCACAAGGAGUGCGGUCUCGAUGGCGAGUGGUUCAAGCAUCCGCUGACCAACAAAACAUGGUCCAACUACACAACCUGCGUAAAUCUCGACGACCUCGAGUGGAGGCACAACGUGAAUCUGAUCUACGAGGUGGGCUACGGCACCUCACUGCUGGCCAUUCUGCUGUCGUUGGCCAUAUUGGGUUAUUUCAAAUCCCUGAAGUGCGCCCGCAUCACGCUGCACAUGAAUCUGUUUGCCUCGUUCGCUGCCAAUAACUCGCUGUGGCUGGUCUGGUACCUGCUGGUCAUGCCGAACUCGGAGCUACUGCAUCACAGUCCGCUGCGCUGCGUGGCUCUGCACAUCACGCUGCACUACUUCCUCCUCUCGAACUACUCCUGGAUGCUCUGCGAGGGAUUCUAUCUGCACACCGUCCUGGUGGCCGCAUUCAUUUCCGAGAAGAGGCUGGUCAAAUGGCUCAUCGCCUUCGGCUGGGGCUCCCCGGCCAUCGUCAUAUUCGUCUACAGCAUGGCCCGCGGUCUGGGCGGCACGCCCGAGGACCAUCGUCACUGCUGGAUGAGCCAAACCAACUACGAUAACAUUCUGGUGGUGCCUGUGUGUAUCUCCAUGUUCCUGAACCUCCUGUUCCUCUGCAACAUUGUGCGCGUGGUCCUUUUGAAGCUGAAUGCCCCGGCAAGUAUUCAGGGCAGCUGCGGACCAUCGCGAACGAUUUUGCAGGCAUUUCGGGCCACGCUGCUUUUGGUUCCUCUGCUCGGCCUCCAGUACAUCGUAACGCCUUUUCGUCCUGCGCCCGGACAUCCCUGGGAGAAUACAUACGAAAUCAUCUCGGCGUUUACUGCCUCGUUCCAAGGUCUGUGCGUGGCCACUUUGUUCUGCUUCUGCAACGGCGAGGUGAUUGCCCAAAUGAAGCGCAAGUGGCGGAUGAUGUGCUUCAGCAACCGACCGCGGACCAAUUCCUACACAGCCACUCAGGUCUCGUUCGUGCGCUGCGGACCGCCACUGCCAGGAGAGGAGAAGGUAUGACUAAAGGACAUGUCGGCCAAGCGACGCGCCUCCGCAGGACCCCAACACCACCAUCCGCACCAUCAAAGCCACCAGUUGUCCUCCGAUCAGCAGAGAGCACGCAGCCAGAGCCUGGCGAGUUCGUCGUCCUUUCUGGACGGCUGGCGCGACCGGAUGCCGUUCCGGAAACGCCGCCAAACCAUCGACCACUCCCGCCAGAGCCAGCCGCUCAUGGAGGAGGGAGGAGAGACCGCCGGCCACGCCAAGUCCGCGCCAGGUGCCGCCGACAGGCCGACAUUGAUGACGACCAUUGCGGAAGAUGUUGCCGAGGCAGCAGCAACGGCAGCAACAUCGCACGCAGCUGCAACAUCCGACGCAGCAGCAACAGGUGCAAGUGGAGUGGAGGAGGGCCAUCCCAAUGGCAUGGGCACUGUCAUAGUUCGCAUGGAGAGAGCUGGCCAACAGCACAUGGCCGAUGAGGCGCUUUAGGUUAAUCUCUCGAGUCACACAACAUCUCAUAGUUUAAGCCACAGUUAUACCAAAACCAAAACAGGUCAAGAACCCAAAAACCAAACCCCACCAAAAGCUACAGCCCAUUGAACCCAGUUAGUAUCGCCAGGCAUGUUCCUCAAUUAUACCUCGAGUUUCUAAAUAAUCGAAUGGGUGUCUAAAAGUGGACAGUGUCAUUUUGCAUCAAAUUUGCAAGGCACAGCUUUUAGAUUUGCCAUUGUUGUUAAAUGUUCAGACACUCUCAGCUGAGAACUUAAAAAUUACGACUUCAUUAGCUAAAUUUGCAUUUCUGUUGAAUUUGUAUUGCAUAUUUUAAAGUCUACUUUGAGGCACCCGAGAUAUUGUUAGGAAUCUUGCGGAAAACUUCAAAGCACCCAGAAUAAGUUCCUUAGCCAGCAAGGCUGAUGUGUAUUUUGCAACAAUUUGCGCCAUGCUAAAUGUUAAGUUUGAAUAGUAUAGACCGCAGUUCUCCUUGGUUUCCCUAGAAUGCGAAAUGCGAAAUAAAUUUCAGCCUUUUGCCGGCAACGGACCCACUUGAAUGAGAACAUAUUUAUUGUACCUAUAUGAAUGUAAGAAUUUACGUGGAUAUUAAAUAUCAUUGUUGUCUUAAGUGUUAAGUGUAUCCUAGGACUAGUGCCCCCCCGAACUCCCUGCCCCCAAAAUAUAUAUAUAUAUCUCUCUCUCUCUGUGGUAAGCUGAGCUUUCUGGCAAUCGCUUUUAGUGUGUCUAUGAAUGUACGCAAAUGUAAUAAAAUUUUAAUGAUAUCUACGUAUGCUAUA